AUGACUCCAAACAACUACACCCCAGUUCUACUGGCAGUGCUGAUUCUCUUCUUGAUUUAUCUCAUUCUGAACAAAGACAACAUGAUCGACUCCAGAGUAGACGGUAUUCAGAGACAUAUUUCCUGGUACCUCUUCAUAACUCUCAGAAUUGAACGCUUUAAUCGCCAAGCAGAUUGCUAAUCAAAAAGGAGCCGUCACAGUGCGACCGACGAUAGGUACCGACGGCCAAGUUUCCUGGCAAAAAGGUGAGAUGAAAACAUUUCCCCGAAAGUUUUUAUCACCUCGAUAAAGAGGAAAAAAAAUUGGGUUAAAUUCAGAGACUUCGAAAACGCCUCAGAAUCCUCAAAUUUCAAUCGAAACUCUCCAGAAAUACUUUUUGAAGCAGGUAGCUUUUUGUCAAGUUUUUUUCUUACAAGUCAGCCUUCAGAAAGAGAAUAGAGUCCGAUUGCUGCAGACAAUAAACGACCAAACAGCUAGAGGAAACCAAUACUUCGCCGUCUUCUACAAUGGAAUCGUUCCCGAGGUUUCUUUACAUUCUCAUCCCGUUUCGGUUACCCGAUGAAAACAGAGAGGGAAGCCAAGUGAAGCCAAGUACUAAUUGUUCGUUUUUGAAGAUGUACUGUCCAGACAUGGUCAGAAUCGGAAAUGUCAACGACGGUGGAAAAUGGACUUGCAAUCCUUGGGUGUUUCCUCAGGAAAAUUGCAGGUAACACUACUUUGGUUGCUAUGUAAUUCACAAAAUUAACAAUUAACCAACUUUCGAAAAAAAAAAAUUAUUCUCAGCGUUUACUCGUUAGGACUCCAUGAUGAGGUUUCUUUCGAAGAGGAAGUCCAGCUAUUCACGAAAAAUGGGUGUCGUCUUUUCGGAUAUGACAUGGUUUUUUUUUCAUCAAGACAGAACAAAUGAAUAAUUUUUCUAGAUAGAGCAAACAAAUGCGACAAAAAUUCGAUACGCAGCUGUCAAAGGAGUGGCAAGCAAGGUAGAAAUUUCUACGAUGAAUGAUCAAACAGGGUCAAAGAAAACGAUAGGUGAGUUAUUAAAAGCCCAAUAUUGAAAUUUCCAGAAACAUCUUAUGAUUUAGAGAGGUUGUUCGAAGAAAAUGGCGAUAAUUAUGCAGAAAUCUUCAAAAUCGACAUCGAAGGAGCCGAAAAGUACGCGUUGGAACCAUUUCUCGCUAAGUACCGUGUUUGUCAGGUUGGGCCUCAAAACCGCAUAAAAUCGUAACUCUCGCAGAUUCUUAUCGAGUUGCACGGAAAGCCAGGCGAGAUGCUACAGCUUUUAGUGAAGAUUGCCAAGUGGGUUUACUUUUUGAAUUCUGCUUGGAAAUGGAGAUUUCAGAAAAGGCUAUCUUCUAUACUUUUUCGAAGUCAACGGCGAUUCUCUGAGUGCCAGCGAGUUCUCCUUCAUCCAUCCAGACUGCGCAGCCCGAUACGGAGCAGUUCCGCUUGCCCCUUAUUUAGCAGGAAUAUACUAA